CGCCAGCGUUGCCGCUCCUCCCAACGGAAACGGAUAUUUCAUUGCCAGUUACUGCAUUUGGAGUAUCGAAGCUACUCUCAAUACUUCCUCCAAUAAUCAAAAAAUCAGAAGGUGCAACAUUUGAUUCAUUUGAAGUAAGCUCCAUUCACUCGAUAAUGGAUAUUCUAGUUGCUCGGGAUCACAUUUUUGACAGCUAACCGCGAUCGUAGUGUCAACUACCAAAAAGGAAAGACACACAACGGCAAACGGUACACACUUCACUUCACUUUAAAUCAGCUGUUUUUGAUAGCUGUUUUAUUAUUUGUUUAUUUAUGGUACCUCUUGGAAAUCAAAUAUUAAUGUAAUUUAUGUCAUGUCCAUUUUAUUGAAUUGAUUUUUCCAUCUACAAAAGGAUAUAUAUUUAAGUUGUGAUGGCUUAUUUCCAUUAUCGUUGCGGCGAAAGGAUCACCUUAAUUAAUGAAAACACCACAGCGAUUCGGAACGACAGUGAAUUUGAUCAUGGACUGGUGAUUACUGCAGAGCCCUUAAUGAACGAUGUCCUUUUCGAGGUUAUUAUAGAUAGAAAAGUCAAUUCUUGGUCAGGUAGUUUGGAAAUCGGCGUCGUAGACCUAGACCCUCUCCAUUUCGAUUUCCCUCCUUCUGCUUCCAGAAUCCAGUCUGGAUCAUGGAUCCUGUCUGGCAUUUCUGUAUUCAAAAACGGAAAUAUUAUAAUAGAAGGAUAUGGAGCAGACCUGGACACAUUAAACCAAUUCGACAGAAUCGGUUUAAUGAAAACAUCUGAGGGUGAUUUAAUCUUCUAUAUCAAUGGAGAAUCUCAAGGCGUAGCAGCCGAAGGUCUCCCGAACACAGUCUACGCCCUGGUAGACUUAUAUGGAAAAUGUGUGCAAGUCAGCAUUACUAGUCCGACAUACAGGGAACAUAAUAACGAUGAUUGUCUUAGCGGUAGCUCAGUUUUGGCAAUAGAAAAUGAUGUACUGAAUGUUACAUUAGGAGGUGAUUUGAGCGAACUCAGUUUGAGCAGCAGUAAUAGUUUGGAUAUCAGAAUGGACAUGAAUGUUAGUGUCAAUAUGCCAGAAGAAAUCGCUCGUCAAGACAAAAUGCGUUUCCAUGACCGGUGCGGUUCUUUAGUGAAACUUUCAAAUGGCAAUCGGACAGCGGAAAGACGCAGGCCACUGGACGAAUUCAACAAUGGCGUCGUGAUGACUCAGCGAGCGCUAAGAGAUUCUGAACUAUUUGAAAUACGUAUUGAUCGUUUGGUUGACAAGUGGAGCGGUAGCAUUGAGAUGGGUAUAACCACUCACAACCCAAACACCUUAGUUUUCCCCGCUACAAUGACAAACAUGCGCAGCGGCACAAUAAUGAUGUCUGGCUGUGGCAUAUUGACCAACGGCAAAGGCACCAGACGUGAAUACGGCGAUUUCAAUUUGGACGAAUUAAGCGAAGGGGAUCGCGUGGGCAUGAUGCGAAAACCUGACGGCAAUUUGCACUAUUUUAUAAACGGUUCAGAUCAGGGCGUGGCGGCGCAACGUGUUCCCUCAACAGUUUGGGGCGUGAUCGACUUGUACGGAAUGACAAUUAAAGUUUCCAUCGUUGAGCGAGACGAACGCGAAGAACAAAAUUUGAUGACAAGAAAAAAUACUCGCGAACAACAAAGUAUUGUACCCGAACCGCAACCAGUUUCAGACUAUUAUGAUAGAUUAACGUUUCAUCCAAAUUGUGGCACUCACGCUGAAGUAAUUAACAACGGCCGUACAGCGCACAGGCCAAACGCCUCAGAUGAUUUCAACAACGGAGUAGUCCUGACAGCGAGACCUUUGAAGACGGGAGAAUUUUUCGAAAUCAAACUAGACAAAGUGGUGACGAAAUGGGCUGGAUCUAUUGAAAUGGGAGUGACAACUCAUAGUCCUAUGGAACUAGAAUUCCCGUUCACCAUGACCAAUGUUCGAUCAGGCACAUGGAUGAUGACUGGAAGUGGCAUAAUGCACAACGGCACCAUAAUUCAAGAACAAUAUGGGGUGAAUUUGGAUAGGCUGCAAGUUGGUGAUAGAGUUGGUUUGGUACGAAAAGAAAAUGGCCAACUACACUUUUUUGUUAACGGAGUCGAUCAAGGCAGUGCAGCAAGUAACGUACCAGAAAAACUCUACGGAGUUAUAGAUUUAUAUGGUCAAUGCGUUGCAGUAUCUCUAAUAGACAUUUACGAUUAUGCCUCACCAGAUACCAAUAAUUCAAGCUUGUCAAAUGCCACCUUGUAUAGUGACUUACGAUUUCAUCAUGUGCAUGGAAAAAAUGCUAGAAUAGCCAAUAAUGGUCUGACAGCUUUAAGACCGCGUCCUUUGGCCGAAUUCAAUGAUGCAAUAGUUUUUUCAAAUAGGCCUUUGAAGGAUGGUGAAAUAUUUGAAAUAAUUCUAGACACUAUAGUGGAUCGGUGGUCAGGAAGUAUUGAAUUAGGUGUGACGGCUGUCCGACCUGAUGAUAUUGAGCUUCCAAGUACAGCAACCGAUUUAAGUCAAGCUACUUGGAUGUUAAGCGGAGCAUCUAUAAUGAUUAAUGGAAAAACCACCAAAAAUAAUUACCCUUGUGAUUUGGAUACUUUAGGAUCUGGUGUCCGAUUGGGUGUAAUGCGUUCCAGUGAUAAAUCGUUAGAGUUUUUUAAAGAUGGAGUCUCUCAAGGCGCCGCCUGUCUAAUACCUCAUGGAAAUAUUUACGCAGUAGUUGAUUUGUACGGCCAAUGCGCCCGAGUUAGUAUUCCGUGCUCUACACCUGUGGCGCCACUUGCAUCAGUAGGCUUAGAUACAUGUCCAAGAUCUGACACGUCCAUAUCAUUGCAAGCUGCAAACAUUUUGCUUCCUAAUGAACUAGACUUGCAUAGAUUUUCAGAGCACCAUGGUAAAGGAAUUUUGCUAAGUGAAAAUGGCCGAGUUGCUUGUAGAUCCAAGGACUACAAUAGCAGUAUCGUUUACAGUAGCACUCCGUUGACCAAAGAUGAAAUUUUUGAGGUUUCUCUUAUGGGCCUUUGGAAACAUAUGGCAGGGACUUUGAGUGUCGGUAUUACAGAAACAAUGCCUAGUUCAAGCAACAGUAUGCCUAAUGAUUGUUGUUAUAUAACAGGCAACGAAUUGCGUCGAAAAAAUCAACUAUUACAAUUAUUCACUCCUAGUUUGAAUUGGUUAAACAGCGGCGAUAGAAUAGGCAUUUUACUAACGCAAGACUCUUUAUUGAAAAUAUUUUUUAACGGCGAAGAAUUGGCUCUCCAAUUCCCCACAAUAACAAAUAACAUUUGGGCUGUAUUUGAUUUGAAAGGCCAGUGCUACGAAUUGUCCGUAACAAGUCAUAAGGCGCCUCCUCUGUCUCCAUUGAAUAGUGCACGCGUACGUUUGCAAGACUGUUACGCACGCAUGCAAGACAGUUUAGAAAUUAUUUUGGAUCAUGAACAAGCUCCAUUAGAACUUGACGAGUGCAAUGAAUUAACUUCAAGUGAAGCUCAAUUGAAACAAUACGAAUUCCAUGAAAACCAUGGCAGAAAUAUUGAAUUGCAAUGUGAUAAGACUAUUGCUAGACGAGUUGCUUCUUACAAUCAAGGAGUAGUUGUGGUUACUCCAGCUUUAGAAGCAAAUAAGCCGAUACAAGUAAAAAUAGAACAAUUGGAUACUCGUUGGCAAUCGUCUAUCGUAGUUGGAGUAGUUGCUGGUCCAUUGGAACGUUUAAGUUUUCCAGUGACUGCGUUGGCAAUUAAAGGUAGUAGUUGCGUUAUAGCUAACGAUUGGAUUUUGAUAAAUGGUAUCAAAGGCCGCUCGAAUUAUGGUCAAGUCCUAAACACCUUGAAAGAAGGUGACUCUAUCGGAGUAAUGGUUACCGAUAACAAAUUUUUCAAAUUAAUUGUAAACGGCAAUGAAGAACAAAGUUUCCCGUGGACAUAUCCUCAAGGACAAUCGAUUUAUGCGGUUUUUGAUUUGUAUGGUCAAUGUCAGAAGAUUAAAAUAGUAAAUGAAGAAGUAAAGACAAUUGAGAGUGCUUCAUCGAAUACCGAAUGUGAAAAGGCCGAUUUGGAAUUGGGCGAAAAAGAACGAAGCGAGAAUAAUUUAAGUCUACCUUUGGCUAGUACCAGUUUGGUUAGUAGUCAGUUAAUUAUCAAUUCGCCUAUGCCGAGUCCGUUGGUUUUGUGUAUGUUCAAAGAAGAGUGCGAACAGUUCAAAAAGAAACUGUUACUACCGGAUUUCUAUUUUGCCUCUGAAGAUUCGGUGUGUUAUUGCAUGAAUUGUCACAGAAGUUCGGCGCAAGAAGAAGAAAAGGAAUCCAAGGAAGUCAAAGAGAAGCUUCCGAUUGGUUGGGUUAAGUUUCCGCUCAAAAAUUUGACCAAUAUUGCCACUGACAAGUGGGAGGUUGCUUUUUAUGCGACCAAAAUGGGCGCGGUCAGAUGUAUUUUGGAUAGUGGACAGCCAUUGACUAAAGGUCAAUCGCAAUGGUGUAAUUUUACUGGUCAAAAAGGCGACGACGUGCAAGUCGUGUUUUAUCCGUCAAUAGAAAAUUGCUCAUCGACGCCCUACGACAAUGGGAGCAACAAAAAGGCUUACUCAGCGUUUCAGUUAUACGUGAAGCCUGGUGCUUAUUCGGUUACUCGGGAAUCAUCCGACUUGGUCGAAUGGAGUACAAAAGAAUCGGGAGCAAUAGUUUUGAAUUCCCUAUUGCUGCAAAUUAAAUAGGUACUUGAUGGUUGGUACUUUUUUUUUACUGUGAUUUUUAGUCUAGUCAAGAGAAAUAAUUUGGUGGAAGUGUUUACACUUUGUGCAAAAAUUAUUCUACAUUUUUGGUGUAAAUUAAACUGUUUUCUUUUAUAUGUAUUUUAUGUUAUUAUUUUAGUGCAAUUUACUGCUUGUUUGACAAAUUUAUAUUUGUUCAAUACCUAUGCUUUUUAGUUUGAGAGAAAAUCUUCACUGAGGAUAUGUAAUUAUAAGGGCAUUACAUGUAAUUUUUUGCCCUGAAUUUUAACUUUAUUUCCAUAAUCUAUAGAUUAUAUUAAUCUGUACGUGAUCUGUAUCUAACAUUGCGUUACAAAAUGUACUGUAUCAGUUAUUAGUAAUUACAACACCCUUGUAUUUAACAAGUGAUGUGAAGGUUCAAAAAUUGCAAGCAAGAAUGCAGACAUGUAAGUUCAUCAAACACUUGUAGUAAGUAUUUUGCGUCCAUAGAUAAUAGAUAACUUCUAGAUUAAGCUUGUGUCAAAAUAAAUGUUCCAGAUACUCACCAAAAGGAACGUUUAUCGCAUCAUCCUGAUAUACCUCAUUGAUCAAGUUGCAUCAUAAUAUACAAAAUACAUUGAAACGCCUAUAUUUUAAAUUUUAUUUUAAACAUACGUGAUUUAUAAUAAUUUUACAUAAAUAAGAUACAAAAAAAUUUAGGUUUUCAAGCUUUCAUUUGACACAUAAGUAUUAUUUUAAGCUAGUUUAAGUAUAUUUAUUUGGUCAAUAAAUAGUUUGCUUAAUAUUUGGGUAUGUUUCAAAGAAGAAUCGAUUUUAAUUUUAUCCCCAUACUCUAACGUUCUGAUCCCAGCUACAAGUCGCUAUGCCAAUACCAUUUGGAGCUACAGAUAGUGACGUUACUCGGUUUUCAUGCCCAGAUAACAA